CAAUAUAUCAGUGGAAGUCUUUUGCAAAUUUUCAGGAAUUUGGCGGGUAGAUGCAAAAUCGUAAAUAAUCAGAAUAUAGAAGAAAUGUACACCAAAGAUGAAAGGGAAAUAGAAAAACUAAGAAGAGACAAAGUUAAAGCUGAUAAAAAGGGAAAUCUGAAAGAGGUUGCCUCUCUUGCAAAUUAUCUAGGAGAGUUACUUGCUAAAAAUGGAUUGUUUGAAGAAGCAAAGUCAGAACAUGAACAAGAACUUGCGAUCAGUGAUGCCCUGAAUGACAGCAUUGGUGCUGCAGUCGCUUGUAGGAAGAUAGGAGAAAAUUACUGUGAUCUACAAAACUACGAAAAAGCUCUACACUUUCAGCAACGGCAUCUAAAUCUUGCUAAGAAAUGUGAGAAUUUGAUUGAGGAACAGAGGGCGUGGGCAACCAUUGGGAGAACUUACUUUAUCCAAAGUGAAAACAUGAAUAAUAAGGAAGCUUGCAAUUCAGUCCUACAAAAGGCUCUGGAUGCCUUCCAGAAAAGUUUACAAGUCUGUGAGGAGUUGAAGAAGAAAGGAGAUGUGAAGGAAGUGGAAUAUUUUGAGAUGAAGGCCAGAUUGUAUCUUAAUAUAGGACUUGUACAUGAUGGCCUAGGAGACACAAAAAAAUGUGCAGAUAAUCUGAAGAGGGCAAUCACAUUGGCAGAACGUCAUCACUUCCACAGUGAUCUGUACAGAUGUCAGACAUGCUUGGCUGCAAUGUACCAGCGUAAUGGGAAUCUCAGUCAUGCUUUGAGAUUUCUGGAAGCUGCUCAAAAAAUUGCAGGCAAACUGAAGGAUAGGCAACUAGAAUGUGAAACCCUGACAACCAAGGCAUUGAUUUCCUGUCAGAUUGGAGACUUCAGUAGUAGUAAGCAUGCCUUGAAAAAAGCCUAUAAACUCAGUCCAAGAGCAGAGGCCGAGAACCUUAGAAGACUUUUUUGUUCAGUGUCAAAAUUAGAAGAAGCAACAGUGGCCUUAGAAGCAGCCCCCUCAACUCCUUCUGAAGACAGACUGAGACUCUUUGAAAGUCUGGGAGACUGCUCAGCUGAAGCAGGCAACUUUAAACAGGCCAUUGAUUACUAUCUGAAAAUGCUUCAGUGUGCCACAGAUCUAAGUAAACCUACAAAAGACUUUAUCCCAAUUUAUGUUUCCCUGGCACAAACAUAUGCUGAUGAUAAACAAUAUAAAGCUGCCAUCAAGUAUUACAUGAAAGAGAUAGAGGCAAGGGGAGACGAUGAUGUACAGGUUUGUAAGACCCUUCUCAAUAUUGCUGAGAUCCAGUUUUCUGAUGGACAAGCGUAUGAUGAUAUCAGCAAGACGUACCUCUCUGCGUACAAACAUGCCAAGAAAGCUAAGCACCAUUUGUUAGAGUUUCUUGUCCUGAAAGCACUCACUGAUGUUCAGAAGAACUUCAAUCAGAAAUCACACCUUCAACAGACAACAGGAAAACUGGACAAAAUCAAAGAAAAGUACAACAUUGAUAGCUCUGAUGAGCUCAGUGAUGACGAGAAAGAUAGUCAGAGGACGAAAGCAGAGGAGGAAGAGGAACUUAGUAUAUCAGAAUUAUCGGAAUCAGAGGACAAUGAUGAAGAGCUGCCAGAAAACAUGAACACCAGUAUUACAGGCAGAGCAAGGCGAAACAAAGCUGCCACAAAGAGAAAUGAGAAAGGUGAAACACCUCUUCAUAGAGCCUGUAUAGAAGGGAAUCUUAAGAAAGUGGAAAGACUUAUAGAACAGGGUCACCAAGUGAAUCCCCGAGACUACUGUGGCUGGAUUCCCCUCCAUGAGGCAGCCAACCAUGACUAUUAUGAGAUAGUGCAGUAUUUACUGGAGCAUGGAGCUGCAGUAAAUGACAGGGGUGGGCAACAUUGUGGAGGCGUCACACCCCUCAUUGAUGCAGCUAAUUGUGGCAACAUGGAAAUUUUGGAGUUGCUGAUCUCAAAAGGAGCAAAUGUACUGGCUAAGGAUGACGAGGGAAAUACAGCUCUUGACUGCUUAAGGGCUUGGAGACAGAGAUGUGACAACAUCACAGAUGACCUCAUAGCUAAAUUUACAUCACUAGAGCAAAAAUUACAGAAGAGACUACCAAAUGCCCCACCCAUUAGAGAAGAGCACCAAACCAUUUCUUCAUCUCAAACAACUGGAUCAAUGCCUUUUCUAAGGCAACCUAAAAGGAAAAGAAAUGACACCAGUAUGAGAAGGACUUUAUCCUCUGGUUCUGAAAGUGAUUCUGAAAUCCAAGAGACAGAAUCCAUAGACUUUACAGAAGAAUCGCAGGAUGCUUAUCCAAAUCCUUUAUUGCAAAAAGAAAAACCUCCAAAACGUGCCACAGAAUUCUAUAAGAGUGCCAUAAAAGCAGUGGGAUUAAGUGCUACAAAAAUGGUUUCUGCUUCCCAGCCUUCAAACUCUAAAGCACAGAAAGAAAUACAGCCAUUUUUAGCAGAAGAGGAAGUCCUGGAUGAUGAUUGGCUGAUUGAUGAUAUGAAACCAACCAAUAGAAAGAGGAGAUUGGAUGUUAAUGAUGUCUUUCCUAAAAGUCAGGUGCCCUCUAGUCAGAGGGGACCCAAAAGGAAAAAGCAUUCAAAUGAGCAAGGGCAAUUAAGUGAUUUUCUUGAUAAUGAGAAUAGUGAAUCAGAUGUUACAGCCUUGGUUGUGGCAGAAAAUCUAUCUCAAGAUAAUCAUUUAAAUGUUCAUGAAACUACAAUUGGUGAGGAUCUUCAUUUGAUAAGUGAAAGUGAAAAUAGCAAUGACAGUGUAGAAAUUAGGCCAAGGUCAAGUCGCCUCUCACGCAAACCAAAACAAACAAAAUUGACAAAUUUUGGUGUAAGAAAAUGUAACAAUUAUGUAUCUGAUGAGAAUUUAAUGGAAAAUACUAGCUCCUUACAAGAUUCCAGAUUUUCGUCAGAUGUUUCAUCAACUCUAAACCUAGUCAGGCCUGGAGUUACCCUCCCUUCCAGUCAAAUGGCACCUGGUUCAUUGACACAAACUGUGGCUUUUCCAGUGGGAACACUAAGAGUAACAGUCAAGGAUAAAAAACUUUUAGUUCCUGUCUUUGAAAAAGAUGUCUCCAGCACUGUAUCGUGGCUGGCACAAGAGACCGCAUCUAGAUACUACAAACUGACUGGAUUACAGUGUAUCCUCAGCAUCCAGCUAGGAGAUGGAUCAGUUCUAAGUCCGGAUGAUCCAGUCACACUCCUAUUAUCAUCAAAUGAAGAGGUAAAGGCUGUAGUGGAGAGUUUGGACCUGGCACCAAUGUCACAGCAGUAUGAGCAAGCCUGUAGGGAGUUAUCCUCUAUAAGCUACAGAAACAUCAAAACCCUUCUGAUUCAGUCUGAUUCUAAUGGAGGCAAGCUGGACUUUCAGAACCUGGCUCUUCGUCCGAUACAGCUCAAACCUGUUUUCAAAGCUAUUCAGUUCCAGAGCAGCAUAACAGAGAUAUGUCUAAAAGGAAACAGACUAGGUGAUAAGGGCCUUGAAGACUUUGUAGUUGUUGUGAAAUCACUGAGUAAUCUGUGUACCCUGGAUCUCUCUUGUAAUGGUAUAACCAGUGUAGGAUUGAAGACCAUAGCAGAUUGUGUUUCUUCCAUGAAAGAUGAAACUAGUGCACCUAAAAAUUUGCUGCAUCUGUCCCUCAGUAACAAUCUACUGGGAGACAACUGCUGUACCUUACUAAACACAGUUAUCUCCUCUUUGUCAUCUCUGGAAACAUUAGAGUUAUCCUCAUGUGGAUUCACAACUAAACUGUUUCAGCAAAACAGACUCAGUUUGGUAGAUACAGUAAAAAACUCCAAUAUCCACACCUUAGAUGUAUCCAGCAACACCUUAGGUUCAUUAGGAGUAGAACUGGUUCUCUGUUGUUUAAAUCCUGGUAAUUUGACCACCCUAAACCUGACAGGAACAGUUACAGCUAGUGGCGUGUUACAUUUAUUUCUCCAUCACAUUGAAAUGUUCCUUUCCCAGGACAGCUGUUCUUUAGCUGACCUUACUCUGAGCUCCUGUCAGUUAAGUCUGGAGGAAAAAGAGAAACUUGUCAGGUUAUUAGCAGUUGGAAAAAAUAUCACCCGACUUGACAUUUCCUGCAAUCCAAAACUGACCAAUGAAGUAGUCACAGCUUUGUUGUCUGAGUCAACAAAACAAAAUUCGCCUCUGGAGGUGUUAAUCACAGAAGGGUGUACCAUCACUUCCCCAAUCAACUCUGAUUUCCUGGACACGCUGGGGGAAAAGUUGGAUAGUGCGCGACCUCUGACCUAUCUGAGCAUGAGCAGUGACCAGUUGGAGAAACUGGACAUAGAGUGCUUGUCUGAUGUUUGGACUCAGUACUGGCAGACAGGUGUAGGAGUUAUUAGAAAUGUUUUAGAUGUUAUAGAGCUUUGUGUUGAUGAUAAGUAAUAGUUCUAAGAAUUGUAUAUACAUGUAUGUCUCUGAUAUAAAUUUUGGAUGUUUAACACUCCCAGGGAAGUUUAGACAUUGUUAAUAAGCAAUAUCAGCCCAUUUUUGUCCUUGCUAUUUGUGCUUUUUAUUCAUAUACUAGUAUCUUGUUUGUACAUAGAAUACAUACUGUAUUUUAGAAGCAUCUCAUUUUCUUCGAAUUGUACAUAUACAGUAAAACAUGCUAUUAACGAAGUGCUAGGGACGGACGAUUUUGCUUCGUUAUAAACAUAAUUUGUUAUAUCCGUUAAGCUCAGGAUUUUUUUUUUUUUUGAUUAAAUGAAUAUAUAUGUAUAUUAUUGGCUUGCUCUAAAAGAGAAAGGAAUAAAAUUCUAGUCAGUACU